CACUGCUGCCCAGCUCCCACCACCCUUUCUAUCUCCAGGGAGGAUGAGCAGUGCCCAAGGGCAGCCAGAUGGGGCUCUGGCCAGGAGUGAUCAGAGUGUGGAGUGCAUGGAAGAGGCACCAGGCGUGGACAAGCAGGAUCUGGCUGUGCAUACUGGGGACAGUGAUGGGGCCGAGGCAGAUGUAGAAACCCUGGAGGAGCCGCUGCUGAGUUUCCCCAGUGAGCUCUCAGUGCUGGAGAGACUAGGGUUGCACAGGGCAGCUUUGACAGAGCAGGAUGUGGAGGCAGCCUUUGCCCACCUUGCUCUGGCUUUUCGCUGUGACAUGUUCACCCUGCAGCAAAGGGUGCAGGUGGAGAAACGAGCACGGGAUGCAGCGGAGGAAAAUAUCCAGGAGGAGCUGAGCCAGUGCCGUGCUGCCCUGGAGAAGCUGGGCCCAUUCUGCACUGACAUGGGCUGCAAGGAGAUGCUGGUGCAGCUACAGCACAGCCUGACUGUGCUGGCAGCUGCUGUUGAGCGGGCAACCAGUGCUGCAGAGAAGCUGGGGGCUGUACAUCAGGAGGCCCGGAUGAGCCGAGCAACAGAGGUGAUGGUCCAGCACGUGGAGAACCUGAAGCGGCACCACAUGCGUGAGCACACGGAGCUGGAGGAGAUGAAGCGCCUGAUCCAGCAGAACUCCCGCAACCGGCAGCUGGCGGAGUCCCAGGGAUCCCCCUGA